AUGGGGAUUAUGCUUCAAGUUAUUCUAGGAAUGUUUCAAUUCCUGCUGCUCACCAGAAUACCGACGUCCCAUGCCAAGCUCGCUCACUGGCGGCCAGCAGACUCCCCCAAAUCCAGGGAAGGCAGAGAAGUGCGACGGUGGUUGGAGGUUUAUUCUCGGAGCGGUUGUGAGCCUCGGGACACAUUGGUGGAGGUUUGGCGGGAGUUGCCGGGCGAGAUCCACCAUCUCUUCGUCCCGUCCUGCGUGUCCUUGAGGCGAUGUGGCGGCUGCUGUGCGGACGAGGCCUUGGAGUGUGUGCCCUCGCUCACACACACACUCACCAUGGAGCUGAUGAGAACGUCCUUCAUGAAACAUGAGCUCAUCGAGCUGCCCUUCAUCGAGCACAGCCAGUGUGAGUGCAGGUUAAAAGAACAAUUCCAGCCAACGCCUACUGCAAGGUCCCAUCUGAAGCCAGCAAGAAAAGAAAAAAAAAGGGAGAGGGGAAAGUCCAAACAGAGGGCGACUGGAGCUGUCAGACCUGCAACCCAUACUAUCCCUUCUCUUCCCGUUACGUCCUCUCUUCCUCCAUCACCCCCUACCACCAGUUUCUCUCCAACUCCCUCUCCAAUGCCUCGUUGCCGCCCCUGCAGAGGGAGGAAGUGGGCCCUGGAUGUGACGUCAUGUCAGUGCCGCUGCACCAUCAGAGCUGAGAACUGCAGCCAGAAGGGCCUGAGGCUCAACCCUCGCCGAUGCAAGUGUGACGCCCUGAGGACUUGAUAUGUCUGCCCGCUGUCUUUUCACCACCUUCUCUCCACCAAAUUCCUGUCAAU